GCUGACCUCCUUUCUGUAUCUUGGAACUGUCUUGAUGUUUCAACAUCAAUCAAUGCUCCGUACUUGAGGCUUUGGUAUAUCUUGCCGUACACGAUAGAUACAAUAAGACACACGCUGAAUCGGGCUCAGAUAUCGAGGGCCACGACAUAUGAGUUGUGUCAGAGGACUUUAGUAGUCUAAGCCAGGCAGUCAACACAGCCGCCAUUAUGGCCAUCAACGGCUUCGUUCGGAAAGCCUACUGGACUCUCGCCGCGGCUGGGCUCAUCUACGCUCUGGCGCUGGGAGCAUUGACACAUCCUACCGUUCAACGGAAUGCCACCUACGCCCACAAUUUCAACCCAGCCUACUGGCAAAACUUGACAAAUGUUGAACAGUAUGGUUUUCUGCAUCACCAGAUCCAACCUUUCACUAUCACUACGCCGGAUAACGCCACAAUUUUCGCAUGGCAUAUUCUCCCGGCUCACCUUUAUCUUCAACAUGAGCAUGCUUUGAAAGGUCAAUUGGAUUUUGGGCAAAAACCGUACGCGGAGGCUGCCAAAACGAUUGGCUUAAAGUUACUGCUGGACGAUCCACAGGCGACUCUUGUUGUCAGCUUUCAUGGCAAUGCUGCUCACCUAGCCUCUGCUCAUCGCCCAGCCAGCUACCAGCAGUUUCUGGGUGCUUCUACUCCCGAGAAGCCGGUUCACGUCAUUGCCUUUGACUACCGAGGAUUUGGUUGGAGUACGGGAUCCCCCACAGAGGAAGGUGUCAUUCAAGACUCAGUGUCACUCUUGUCAGCCAUUACCGCCACCUCAGACGACACCAACACUGGGUCCUCGGCCGUCGAUCCAUCCCGUAUCAUUCUUGUUGGCCAGUCCAUGGGCACAUUCGUGUCGACAGCACUGUAUCACGAAUGGGUACUCAGCCUUGGGAGAGCGCCGUUUAAGGCCCUGAUGCUGGUCGCAGGGUUCAGCUCUCUGACCAACCUUCUCGACUCUUAUUCCAUCAAAGGCAUCACCCCACCAAUUCUGUCUCCUCUGAUUGCGUAUCCUCGAGUUCGCGACUAUAUGGUCUCAAAGAUUGUGGAUAAGUGGGAUACCAGCAGUAGACUGGUCACUCUGAUAGGAAACCCCGAAGUCAAGCUGAAUCUCAUCAUGCUGCAUGCUCGAGAUGAUUGGGAGAUUCCUUGGAAUGAGGGAAGAGCCAGUUGGGAGCGGGCGAUUCAAGCGGCGCACCGGGGAGAGAUCGACUGGACUCGCAACUUGAAUUACGAAGAAUGGCAAAGUGAUGAUGGGUCGAAGAAGAUGAGAUGGGAAAGAGUCUCCCAUGGCGGUCACAAUCGGAUUCCCACCAGUGAACAUGCCAAGUUAGCGAUCUUACGCACCAUUAACGCAUAGAAAGAGCUGAACAUUUUGGGAAGAAUUGGCAGAAAGACCUUCACAGCGAUAUUAUUAGGAGAUUUUUCAGUGUAAAUUGAGUUGGAUUCGGAAGAUGAUCAUGAUGUAUAGACUGAGUACCUAUUUAGGGUGAUGUAUGACAAGAUUUGCAAACGGCAC